AUGCCAGAAACUAACCAGAAUUCACCGCCUGCAAGAUCAUUUAUCUCCAAAAAGAAUUUAAAUAAAACUGAUUCGGAAGGUUCUCACACUUUGAGAGACAUUCCUAGUUUUGUUGCCAGUAUAUCUAAAUUUUACGACAAUGAAUUACUGAGUGACAUAGUGAUAACUGUUGGCACCUCUCAAUUUCAAGCACAUAAAUUCAUUUUAGCAAAAUCGAGUCGAGUUUUUCGAACUAUGUUGUAUGACGACACUUGGCGCUUGACUGAUAGCAUAACAUCUGACAGAUCUAUAAAUGUAACUAAAUCAUAUGAGGGCAGAUCUACUGAACUAAAGCUUGAGGAGACGCCGGAAUGUUUGGCAGUUUUUGAUCAAUUUUUAAAUUAUUUGUAUUCUGCAGAAGUCAACAUCUGUAAUACAACUGCGGUAGGUAUUUUAUGUCUGGCUGACAAAUACGAAGUGACGUCUUUAAAAGAUUUGUGUGUUAGUUAUAUGAUCGAAUGGUCUAAGAGUCCACUCGUAUCAAAUGCCUUGUCCUGGUAUAAUUGGGCAAAAUUAAUUUCGCUUGAUUCCUUGAUUGACCAGUGUGCUAAAACUAUUGCUUGGAAUUUUUCUGAUGUUAUUUCAAGUGAGGAAUGGUUAAAAAUGGAUUUGGAUUUUCUUACCGAUUUUUUGAAAAGCUCUGAACUAGUUGUUAAUAACGAAUACGUUUUAUUUGAGGCCUUAGUUUCGUGGCUGGAAACGGAAUCAAAUAAACCAAAGAUUGAACAAUAUGCAAAUAUACUUUUCCCAUUUAUAAGAUUUCCCCAACUUCACGUUUCGCAGUUGUACCAGCUCGAAAAUAGUAACCUGUUUACAAAUUCGGAGUGUUCUAAAAUUUUGUCAGAUUUAACAGCUAAGGCAUACAGAUUUAGAGCUGUCUGCCCCACUCAGUCAAACCUUGGAGCCUGCUUUAAGGAUGACUUCUAUUUCCCUCGAGAUUACACGUACAUGAUAGUCGAUAACGUUCGAAUCCAAAAUACAAUAAGAUUUGGAAUUCAGUCAGAUGUGAAAGCGGCUAGAUGUCCUGUUUCUAGUGAGGGUCGCGACGCCGAUUGGAAAAUUACAUACAGAAAACAAGGAGAUGUUUGGUCACUGCAACUCUAUUGCUUAGAUACAGCGCUCGUCAAUGGAGAAAGUCGAGUCCAGUUUUCGGUUGUUGUUUAUAACGAGGUUGACAAAGUGCUACACGUCCAUCAUGAAGAUACUAAGAUCUGCGUGAGAGGAACGUAUUCGUCGUCUUUUUUAAAAAUAAUUUCAUGCGACCCAGAGGCAGUGGCGGAUCUAGACAACUUUGACGGGGUUACCAAGGCCAGUACCCCCACGGCUCCUAAAUCCGUCACUGCUCAGAGGUGA